AACAAACCUCCACGGACUUAACAGGCGACCUCAACUUUCUUACACACCUGUCAACGGGUAGAAUUUAGUAGCUUGGCGUAGUAUUGUGCAUCACAUUGUCUUUUAAAUAAGGCAGUUAAACAAACGCGAUAGUUUCAUACGACGGGCAAAGCCUUUUGCGUUGAUAUUUCCUGUUUAAGCGGCAAUUUUGCUUCGGCGUUGGGGUCAGAUUUGUUUGGGUGGGGAAGUGAAAAUCACUUUUUAAAAUGGACGAUUGCGAUACUGCUGUACAAAAGAUGCUCACGCUUAUAAUCAGAUCGUCGAACCGAUCGUGUGAAGAUCAGACCAUCGAAGGUGUUGGGGUCGACUGGACCAUAAAGGAGCUGAAAACCCAUUUGUCCGCGGUAUACCCGAGCAACCCACCUGAAAGGGACCAGAGGAUCAUCUACGCCGGAAAGCUGCUCCUGGAUCACCAACACGUGUCUGACGUCUUCGGAAAGUUGGAGGCCACGCCCAUCAUUCAUAUGGUGUGUGCUUUCAGACCGCAGGCAGCUGGCCCGCCUGGACCCCAGCCCAAGGUUGCAGCAGCGGAGCUGAAUGGAGGGGGGUCCUCUUCCCCUGGUGAUGGACUCACUCAGCAGAGCGCCACUGCCCCUCCCACCACGCUCGCUGAUGAUGGGCUGAGGAACAGGGGCCAGCCCCCAGCCAGAACCCCUGGGUCUGGGUCACCGAUGAAUCAGCCGGUGUUCCCCACAUACUCCCUGUACAGCCCCCAGCAGCUGCUCUGGCUUCAGCGAGUUUACGCUCAGCAGUACUACAUGCAGUACCAAGCGGCCCUUGCAGCUGCGGCCUCUUCCAGCAGCCCUGUGGCCAGUGCCGCCAGUCGCGCUCUGCCUGUCGACCCCCAACCCGCUGCCGUCCCCGCGGCCCUGCCCAAUCAGCCUGCCAACCAGAAUGUCCCGGAGCCCCACCUCAUCAACCCUGCGGGAGCCAAUCAGAACUUGCGCAUGAACGCCCAGGGUGGACCUGUGAUGGAGGAGGAUGAUGGUGUGGAACACGAUUGGCUGGAAUGGGUGUACACGGCCGCCCGCUUCUCCGUCUUCCUGGGCAUCAUGUACUUCUACUCGAGCAUCAGUCGCUUUGUCCUUGUGAUGUGCAGCCUGGUCCUCAUGUACCUGCACACAGCUGGCUGGUUCCCAUUCCGCCGGAUGCCUGUGGUCCCUGGGCCACGUGAGCAGGCCCCAGAGCUGGUCCAGAACCAGGACAGAGACCCAGAGCUGGUGCAUGUCCCAGCGGGAGGGGCUGAUGCAGAAGAUGGGGAUGGCAGAAGGCCCUCUGAGCCAGUGGUGUUGCAAGUCCCUCGUUUGUCCAUCUUCCAGACGGCCUGGGUCUUCUUCAAGGCCUUUUUCGCCUCGCUGGUCCCCGAGGCCCCGCAGGGCAUAGCGAACUGACCUUUGUAUCAGCACUCCAUGCCCGUGAUCGGAAGGUCGCCAGUUCAAGUCCCAUGGCUGCCCGAGUCAUGGCACUCGAGCAAGGUCCUUAAUCUGUGAUUGCUCCACGGACCGGCUGACCCUGAUUUCCAGAAAUGUAUGUUGCUUUGGAUAAAAGAACCAACUGAAUUUAACGUACUGUCACUCUUCUGUUAGAGACAGACUUCACUUUUAGCAGAGGGUGACUCCUGACUGUUCCUACAACUCGCAACACAUUUUUGGACGAGGUUCUCCUGCCCCUCCAGCUUAACCCUUGGUACCGCGUCCCAGAAUGCACCAGGAAUUUCCUGUUCGGCCCACUGCAGGUGCUGUAAAUCUGCAUGGACCACUGCAGGUACUGUAAAUCUGCAUGGACCACUGCAGGUACUGUAAAUCUGCAUGGACCACUGCAGGUACUGUAAAUCUGCAUGGACCACUGCAGGUACUGUAAAUCUGCAUGGGACUCCAAAGGCUUACAGGAGCGCACAGCCGUCUGUCCUCAUUUUAUGUUUUAUUUCCUCCAGCACGCCUUAGGCGUCGCUAAAACGAGCACCGCUCUGAAAACGCCUGUCCUGAUUGGAGGCCUUUGACCACUUUCCCGCCAGCUUCUGUUUUCUAACUGUUAAGAAACUGCGUUGGACCACAAGCGGUCGAUUUGCGUCUCUCGGACAAAGCGUUUUGUCGGCAUGCUGUUUGGGUUAAUUAUGUAAAAAUUGCUAUAAAUCCUUGAUUAAUUUUCUUAAAUUCUGUACGUUUUAUUUAAAUUAUGACCCUUUUAUGUUGUAAUCAGAAUUUGUGUACAGUAUAAUUCCUUUUGGGAUGAUUUUCUUUUGUAAACGUAAACACAUACACUAAGUGUACUUCUGUUCUAGCCUGUGCCUGCCUAUCGGGCUGUUCAUUUAUUUACAUUGUACCAUAUGUAUCUGAUUCUGUAAGUGUAUAUUAAAUAUUUAACAGCUUAUGUAUGUCUUAAA